AUGGCCGAGGGUAGUAUGCCUGGGAUGCCUGAAACUGAUAUAACAGCCCUAACUGAAGCACUUUAUGCUCAACAACAACUACUGCAAAAGCUUUACUCUGAACUGGAUCAGGAAAGAGAAGCAUCAUCUACUGCAGCUGAUGAAGCUCUAUCCAUGAUACUGCGCCUGCAAGGAGAAAAGUCUGCCAUGAAGAUGGAAGCAAGUCAAUAUAAGAGAUUGGCAGAGGAAAAGAUAUGUCAUGCUGAGGAAGCUCUUGCAAUAUUUGAAGAUCUCAUUUAUCAGAAAGAAAUGGAAAUUGCUUCUCUUGAGUUCCAACUUCAGGCUUAUAGGAAUUCCUCAACAAGAAAAGCACUACGGAUAAAGACAGAGACAGAGACAGAGACAGAGAGAGAGAAAGAGAAAGAGAAAGAGAAAGAGAAAGAGACAGAGAGAGAGAAAGAGACAGACCCAUGA